CCGUGAUCAGUACGAGACGAGGUACGAGCUGCGGGCGCGUGUUGAAAUAUUUCUAUCAGCUGACGAAAUUCCUCAAUUUUGUGAAGCACUUCUCGACUUCUCCCGAAAGUAUUUUUCUUCACUUUUCUUGCUUAAGCAAAAUGAAACCGUAAGACAUACAAAAUCGCAAUUUGUAGUUAAACGUGUGUCUGUUGUGUUCUUGUUUUUCUAAUUUUACGUGACCGUUCGAGGAAUGGGUUGUGACCCAUUGGUUUUCCCCGUUUUGCCCUUAUCGAACUUGGUUCUGCUCAGUGAUCAUCCCAUGCAAAUCUCUAAAAUUUAAAAUCCUCUCUGAAUGUGGAAGAUUAGGAUUCGUGCCGUGUGCCGUGCUUCCUGUCUGUGUCGCAUUAAUGCACUAGAGGAGUCUGAGGACAAGCUGUCAACUUCUCUCAGGGAGAGAUGUGUCCGCUGGCGCCGCUGCACUUGAUCCUGGUGUGGCUGCUGCUGCUAUGCCCGCUCUGGUUCGUCUCGUCGGUCGUCGCCGUCCACGUCGCCCACAGCGUCAAAUCCUGGAGCGUCUCCUUCCGCCCGCAGACCCUCAAACUCAACAUGUACGACACGGCCCAGCUCAACUUCACCUCAGAGGAUGACCUCCCCUUCUACGACCCCAAAGAUUAUCAGGUCACUGUAGAAACAUCAGAUCCGGAAAUAGCUGAACCCAUAGGAGAGAAGCCCCUCUUCAUCAAAACUGAAUCUCUAUCGCGGUACAAAUGGGGAGGUAGCUUCAAUUUAUCCGCAAAUUUCCUCGGCUAUGCCAACAUCCGCAUCAAAAUGGUGGCCAGAGCCGGUGGUGCUGAAGGACGCUACUCAAUGAUAUCGAAUCCUCUGAGGGUUGCUGUCUCCCGGAAGAUGAGGGUUAUCGAUCACGUUUUCACCUCAAGCGUUGCCAUUUUGGUCGCUGUCAUUUUCAUUAACUUUGGUUGUGCCCUAGAUUGGCCGCUAGUUAGAAAAUCGCUGUGUCGCCCGAUAGGACCUGUCAUCGGCUUCAUCUCACAGUUUCUUUUUAUGCCUUUGAUAAGUUUCUUCCUAGCCAAGCUUCUAUUUCCGCACUCAAUAGCAAUGCAAUUAGGUUUAUUUUUCACCGGUGUUGCACCUGGAGGAGGAGCUUCCAAUAUCUGGAUCUAUCUCUUGGGUGGGAAUCUUAAUCUAAGCAUAACAAUGACUGCCAUCAGUACUUUUGCUGCUUUCUUUAUGAUCCCUUUUUGGACAUUCACACUUGGAAGACUGAUUUUUAAUGAGGGAAACAUGACCAUUCCAUACAGUCGAAUAGCAUCAUUUGCUGUAGCUCUUGUCAUUCCUCUUUCAAUCGGCUUUUUACUCCAGAGGAAGGUACCCAAAGUUUCCAAGUUCCUCGUUGGAAUUUUGAAACAUUUCUCAGCGUGUUUGAUCGUUUUCAUUAUAGUCUUUGCCACAGUGACCAAUUUCUACCUCUUCAAAUUAUUUUCCUGGCAGAUCUUGGUGGCUGGAUUAGGCCUUCCGUGGCUUGGCUACUUGUUUGGCUACAUAUUUGCAACAGUAUGUAGGCAGUCGUCAGAGGAUCGAUUAGCCAUUAGUAUUGAGACUGGGAUUCAGAAUACUGGCAUCGCCAUCUUUAUGCUGCGCUUUGCUCUUGGCCAACCAGAGGCAGAUUUAACCACAGUUGUUCCUGUGGCCGUUGCAAUAAUGACACCUUUCCCAUUAUUGGGCUGGUAUUUGUGUCACAAGCUCCAGAAACGAUAUAAGAAACAAGAGAAAUGCAUGUCAGCUCUUAGUGGAGAAGACCAUCUGAAUAACUGCUCAGAACAACCACUCAAUGGUCACAUCAAGCACAAUGGCUGCUUAAAGGAUCCGGAAAAGUUCUGAUAUGCUGAGUAUUUCCACAUUUCCAUCAAUUGUUAUUUAGUAUUAUGUAGUUGGAGUAAGCUCUGUGUAUAUACGAAGAAAAGUAUUAUUUUCCUUAUUAGGUCUUAAGUGAAUCUUUGUGAUAUGAAGAUACAUUCAGUAGGAAUGUGUCUUUCCUUUGAAUUGAGGAUUAUGUGUGGAAGAAAAAGAUAGUUGCAACCCACAAUCAUCACGUCUAUUCAAUGGCACUUUUAGGAAAACAAAUUUUUUAUAAAUUGAAAAUCUGAAGAAGAAAAAAUGAUCGUACAAAUGGUGAAACCAGAAAAUUAAUCGUGUCGGAACUUUCCGUUUACAUUCAACUGCUGUAUGAAGAAACCAAUGAUUUUAUUUUUUGAAACUGUGAUAGUUAAAAUAUUAAAAUAUUCCUAAAAAAUGUACUGCAUACUUAAGUGAAUAUUUUUCUUUCAUAUGCGUGUAAUCAUUGCAGCAUUUCAAAAAAAUCUGGAAUAGUCUAUUUUUGUUCAGAUGGAUGGACAAUUGAGCAAAUUUUCAGGGAAAAAUAAGGCAUUUUCUUACAAUCCACUAAAUUUAAUAAAAUUUCUUAGUUAAUGCUCAUGGUAAUCCAUUUGUAAAAAAAUUAACUUUCCGUGACAAUUUUGAAACAUCUCAAUGGAUUUAUGCUCUUACGGAAAGAAUCCGCUAAAAAAUCAGCUGUUUUUCUCUCUAAGUAACAAAAUUUAAGCACUAGAUUGCGAUCAGGCGGUACGUUUUUUCAGUGUCAUCUUUGAUUUUUUAUCAGUUAUGUUUCUUAAGGGGCUUUGAUCCCUAGAAAUAUUGUUUGCACCUGGCAUUGGAAGUCCUAGAAUUCUCCAGAGUAUUUGUUCGUUUUUCACUGUCCUCUUUUUAUUUCUACAUUUUCCAAAUUGCCUCUAAAUUUUUUUAUCAAAUUUUUUAUAUGAUGGAUCAAUUGAUUUUUGGCAGGAAUCUAAUUAAUUUAUUUAUUGUUUUUACGAGAAACAUUACACUUUGCACCAGAUUACAAUUAGUAUGUAUCAGAACCCUUAAAUACCUCUGGAAAAUUCCCUGAAAAGAUAAGCUGCCUGCAAUUCUCAAAAAUUCAGAGUUUCCUAACUUUUUUAUUCAAAUAUCUCUCGCAGCGUAUGUACAUUUUAUUUUUUUUCAUUAUCAUACAUUAUUAAACCAGGAUUCAAUUUCAGACUGAUCUCAGCAGCAGGAUUUUUUUUGUCUCAUUUUUAUGAAGCAACAGGGCACGAACUUUAUUUCAUUUGACAUUUUAUCAGAGAAAUUUUGUUGGUAUCAAAUUUCUAAUGUAGAAAAUGUCAGGAAAGAACUACUUCGACAAGCUUUGAAUAAUCUAGUUUUAACUAUUAUUUCAUUUGGCAACUUAACCUUUUUGAAAAAGUAAAUGAUCAAGAGCCUAUUUGUGUAAGGCCAAGUGUUUUUUUCACUCCCUUAUCGAUGAGCCAAGUUCAGAGAAUCUUAAAAUCAUUGAAUUGAGUAAUGAUCUCUGUGAAAAACUUUCCUUCAGCUAUUCUAUAAAAUUUUAAGACCCCCCCCCCCCCCCCUCCCAACAACACUGAAUUUCAAUUCUUGUUUUGUUUUUUGAUGAUACCCUCCUGGCAAUACUUCCUCUACUCUAAGAGAGAGAGAGAGAGAGAGAGAGAGAGAAAGUAAAAGCGCAUGAUGGAUUUACGGCAGUCUUAAGACUGCCUCUGCACAGUGACCACGCACACUUUCCUCAAAAUCUAACCUCCAAAAAUCCAAGUUUUUUUUUUAAGUGAUAAGUUUGAGAUCACCUGACACGGAACAUCAAAAAAUUCUUCUAUGCACUAUUAUGAAGAGAUGAUCAACACUUUUGCUAGGUCUUCCGCUAUCUUUUUUUUUUAAUUUUACUUCUUACAUGUCAUUUGAUGACAAAUGUUGUUUCUUUGUUUUGUAUCCAAGCAUGCCCAAAGCUAAGAGAGUUAAGCUAAUCUUAUCUCUCUCUAACUUUGUAAAAAUAAUUUACAAAAAGUUUUCUUUUUUAAAAAAAUCAUUUUUAUCGAGUUUUCAAAAUCAGUUCAAAGCUGAAGUUUUUAUGCCGUGAUUUCACUGGAAAACUAGAAUAAAACCAUGUGUCAACGUAUUAGUUUCCUGAUAAAAAUGGAGCUCCUGACCAACGGAAGAGCACUUAGAUAUCUUGAAGAUGACGAAUUCAAGAAGGGUUUCAAACAAUUUCUCAAAUUUGUAUCAAGACUAAAUUAUUCUCACCCAAAAAUGCAUAACAUAAAUCGACUAUUAGAGGUUCAAACUUCUUUUAACAGCGAAUGAUAUGGCUUAUUUAUUUAAAAACGUGUUCAAGAAAAGUUGCUGUAGAGGGUUUUGUAAUUUAUAUUCAAAGUGUAAUCCCUCAUUGACUCUACUCCUGUCAGCCGGUCUCUUUCCUUUUUUGUUUUUUUCUCUGAAGUUACCUUUAUAUCUACUGUUCUGAUUUUCCAAAAAUUAAAAUCAACCUUUAAGAUCAAGAAUGGCAGACUCUACUUAUUGUUCAUAGCUCUGUAACUUUAUGUCAAAAAAUUGUAACAAAAUGUUUGUUGAGAAAUUUUUGUUGAUGGUUUAAUUGACAAGCCAAUAGUUAGCGCAACCCACAGUAAAAAAUAGUCAGGGAUAUUGUAAAAAACCGAACAGUAGACGGAGACUAGUGUAACUUGGCAACACUAUGGCCCCUAAUUAAGGCUCUUUCCUUAUCGCUUUGUUGUUAGUCACGUCAUUUCUCACUUUUUCUUGCGUAUCAAUUCAUAUUGCGCCAACUCUUUGUAGCAGUCUGUAAGAGUGAAAAAACUGGUUAUGUUCGACCCCAAGAUUAAAAUUUGAAGUUUAGAAUGUAGCAAAUUAUGAAGCAGGUGAUGAAAUUGCUGGGGGUUUCUCCCUUAUCUCAUUAAUACGUAGAAAUGUUGUUACAACUUUUUGGGUUUGGACUGUAAUAGGGAAUUAUGAGGCGUAAUUUUCAAAAUUUCCUCAUCUAGAUAUAAUAAUUAGAUUGUCUUACAAAUUACUAACAACUGGUUGAUCAUUGAAAUUGAUAGACAAAGCAGUGAACGAAAAAGAGUGGAAAAACAUCGAGAGUAUGGAGCGAUCCUAUCGGUUGAAAUUGGUGGUUCCUUUAGACCAAGAGAGAAAAUGAUGGAAGGGUCUCUCAUGGGUUGCCUUUAGUUUGUCUAUUAUUUACCUCCUCUGUCCAUUGCAAUUGCCUGUAUCCAUCAAUAGGAUUGCUUUAUUUCCUUUUUUCUUCUUUGUCUAUCACUUUGUCCAUCUAUUUCAGUAAUCAGCUUACAGUAGGUGACAUACUUAUUCUACGGAGUUUCUCAGCCUUAGUCGAUUUGUGCCAAAAUUAUCAAGGGAUUAUUCCUUCCCUUUACUACACUGCUCUCUCAAAUGAUAAAAACGUAAAAUGAGCAUUAAUCUUUUUGUAAUAUGUACGAGUAUUAAACUGAAAGCCAAACAGAACAUUGACAGUGUAAGUUGGCAAUCACAUAACUCGGUUUGCGACGUAAACUUCCUGUCAUAUUUUCUUUUUAAAUGGAAAACUACUCAAUGGCAGUUCUUGAAAAUUGCCGUGAUUUUUCUGCUCUGUGCGAAAAAAAUUUUGCAAAAACUUCAAGGAAUGAUGUCAAUUUGUUCUCCUUUGAAAAAGUAACAUAGAGGCGGAGAUUUUCAGACACCGCAGACAAGAUAUGAGAUUGUGGACUUAAACGUUGAUUUGUCUUUUUCCUUGCAUUUUCUGGCAAUCUGUGGCCAAGUAGUGCUUUUAUUUCAAAAAAUUACUCGCAAGAUUUGUUUAGAAAUUAAAAAAAGAAAAAAACAAAAAACUCAGAUGUUCUUGAAGUAAGUGAAAGAUGCUACAAGGACAGUCAACAGCCUCUAAUUAUAAGGCUACCUUAUCAACUAUAAAAUUUAUCAUUGUAAUAUUUAUUUCUGUAUGAGUAAUUUUACCUCUGCUCCAGGAUAAUAAAAUUCUCAUUGUUUCUAUCUGUUUGUGAUGAAUUCAUAUUUUAGUAUUGAUUCGUCUCAGGUGCAUGAACUCGAAUAUUUUAUUUUUGUCAUCAGUGAAACUGAUGAUCUCUUAUGUUCGUUAGAUUGCUUAAAUGUUUUAUAAGGUAAUUGUUACGUUUUGGUGCAUGUUAUGACAGAGAACUUGUUAUCUUUCCUGUUACUGGAAAUUUCAUGCUGCAUCUUCUGUUGUACAUCUGUCUCGUUAUUGUAUUUUGUUUGCAUGAUCGAAGCAAAAUCAAAAUAUUUUAAAUUAAAUUUUUUCUAGAAAAGUA